AUGAUCACUGAAGCAACCCUCAACUCUUUGCAUGGUGUUGAUGCCCUCACACUUCGCGGGCCCUUCACAUUGUUCUCCCUCAAUGGCUCAUACUUAUACAACAACCACUAUGCCCUUAACCCUGGAGCCACCCCUGCCCCUCCCUUAUCCUUUAGGAUCAGCUUUUCCACCUGUCAAGGGCAAGUCUUUGGUGGUGCCAUUGGCGGUAGAGUCAUUGCCAGCAAUGAUGCCAGCCAAACAAUUUGCACCUUCAAGAACCCGAUGAUGUACGCUUCAAGAGACAAAGAAAUGGAUGAGGGUGACGAUAAUAAAAACAACAAUUAUAACAAUAACUCUAAAUAUUUUAAUGGGAGUGAUGAGUUGUCGGGGUUCAACAUGAUUAGUUGUGGAGCCCGUGGGUGGUGA